AUGACAGGUGAUGCUUUCUUAUCGAAGAAAAGGAAUAGCGGAGAAGAUGAAAACGGUUACACAAUGGCUAUUGAAUUCGGUACAUGCGACAUUAUCGCAGGGCGCACUCCCCCCUUUAAAAUAGUUUGUGUGCCUUUGAUAUCACUCAGCCUGAAUAUAGCAGAGGAGACGAGUACUGCUACACCGGAUUGCGAUAGUGAAAUGUGUAAGUCAGCUGGCUUCACAUUGCUUUCAUUAGGAGAAACAGAACUUACUGAACAAAGAUGGCAUUAUUCUAACAAAAACAAUGAUAACAUUGGUACGCAUACUCCUAUGAAAAAUACGAAAAAUCAUGCCUGA